UAUAUCUUAUUGUUAUAUUUCUUAUAUUAUCAUGCGAUUCGUGCUUACUAUGAAAGUUGACGUAGUAUUUCUCGUUUUAAUCGUUAUGUUAUGAGGGCGUUGAUGCACGACAAAUUUUUAUGACACGCACGAAAUCAGAGAUUGUGACGUACCUCACUAUCGCUUAGUUGUGACGAGCAAGAAUCGUAUUUCUUGGUAGAAGACAAGAUUGAAAUAUUUUGUCGACACUAUAAAGGUUAAGAUGGAUAAUUACAGAGUUGAGUUGGAUCGAGAGACCGGGCUCUAUUGCACGAUGCUUUUAUUUACUGACAUCACGAAUGUUCCCGAAAUUCGCGAAAAAAUCAUCACUGGAGAGCUUCGUUGUUGCAUGGUGAAAGCUUCGCUUAUAAUCGACGCUUUUCAGGUAGUGGUGGCUGCCAAUAAAGCUGCCCUCAAUGCUAAGCAAAAUCGACUAAUCACCAAGACUAUAUACACGGAAAUUUUAUUUUAUCUAUCGACAUCUAAAAAGAUAUCACGUGCCUUGACUGAAUUUGGAAUCAAUGACAGUGAUAAGAAUAUUCUGGUGAUAUUGAUACAUGAAAUUAACGAGGAAGAAUCUACGUUGAAACAAGUCUUAGGAAGUAUCAAGGGACAGACAGUACCUAUUUCAAGAAUAGAGGAGUUUGCAGAUGUAAAUCUUGUAAAGAAAACUUACAAAAUCAGCAAAGAUGAAUUAUGUAUUUCUAGUCUCGUUAAUGUUAUAGUAUCAAGGAUCAGUUGUAAAGACUUCAUGUUAUAAUAUGAUAACAGAGUGAAGAAAAUGAAAGUUUAUAUGUCAAUUAUUAU